AUGACUAGAGUUAUUGAGGCCCUGGUCAAGAAAAGGGAGGCAUAUGACAUGUAUGGGCAGCUGGGAUCAAAUGAAUUCCUUGUGGAAUACAGAGGGUGUCGGAGUACACUUAAGAGAGUGAUCAGGAGGGUUAAAAGUGGACACAAGAUGGCUUUGCAGAUAAGCUGUAGGAGUAUUGGGUAUAUGUAUACCAUUACAAUGAAUUCAGAAAGGUCAGUAUUGGAGAACAGAAACAGCUUUUCUAACAAAACCAACUCUGCCAUCGCUACAAGGCAACCACCUCGAAUCCUUGUUGUGGAUGUGACACCUCCUUAUUGGUCAGAAGUUCGUAUUAAUCUCUGCGAAGCCCUGGAAAAUUUCUUUGCUUUAGCUUGCAGUUUGGGAGGGCCGCCUCGUCUUCCUCUCUUCAGUCUAUAUGUGGCUCACACCCAACAGGAAUGUCUUCUUCCUUUUGUGCAAAUGAAAGGAAACUUUUCCAGGCUCCACUCUUGUGUGGCUGAACUGAGGUCAAUGCCAAAUGAAGGUUGUAUACGUGAAAAGUCAAGCUCUUUAAAGCAUGCUGUGGAGGAUAGCCUUUUACAGUUUAAACAGUACAUGAGGCAUGUGACAGUGGGAGGAUCACUUAAUAGCUGUUCAGUGGAGAUUACAGUACUCACCAGCCAGCCUGGGAAGCAUGUGGUGAAGCAGCUAGAGUCAGGUCUCAGUGAAACAGAUUUAGUCAGCCUUAGACGAUUACAAGUUCUGCAUAUUUCCAGAUGUAACCCAGUGGAGUUGAUGGACAUGGUGUGGAACACAGAGUCAGCCAUAUCCAGUGAAGAAAAUAACCUUGAUGAAUGCUCCAUCCUGGGGACAGACAUCGAUCUGCAGACAGUUGAGAAUGAUACAAUCAGCCUGGAUAGUUUCUUCAAGAGUUGGUUACACAAUCAUGGAACGGACAAGGAGCAUCUUCACUUGCUGCUUCCAGCAGUACGUCUUUCCAGCUCUUCAGGAAGAAGUAAUCAGUGCUAUGAGUGA